AUGGCGGGAGCGCACAUGGCGGCAUACGGAUCGCCCACAUAUAUCCUGGACCUGCUUUCCUCGCUGGGAUUGUCAGCUGAUAUCAGAGUUCUCGAGGCCUCGGCGUUCUCGCUGUGGCACGUGUCGAACGGCGCCGACAAUCAGGUGUCGCUGCUCAUCUUCUUCCUCAUGACGGCCCUCUGUGCAGCCGCCGCUGCCACCCUCAAGCUCUCCCCCCUGCCCUCAGCUCCACGUGCGACCAUUUCUGCGAGCGAGAGCGAGCAGAGCGGCAUGGUUAGCGCCAACAGCACUAGCCUGGAGGAAGCGGCCUGCGAUCUCGUCGGCCAGGAGGAGGAGUCGAAGGUCGAGGCGACCCCGAGCUCGAGCGGCGGGAGUCGCCCAUCGGCUUGGUUCUCCUUCUCUUUCUCCAGCCGCUCGGCCUCCCCGGCGGCCGCUAGCGCUCCUUCUCCCUGCACCCCGUCUGACCAUGUCGUUCCGGAAGCCGUCGUCGCACGAAGCGAUAUGGAACCCAGCACUAGCAGCUCUAGCCCCAGCAGCAGCAGCAGCAGCAGCGGUGGUGGUUUUUUCCCGUCCAGCAUCAGCCUGCCGGGGUACUGGUUCCCUUUCUCCGCCUCUAACUCGACCUCCGUCACGCCCUCGCCCUCACCAGCACAGUCCGACUCGUCCACAGUGUCAGUAGCGGAAUUGACGGUCAGCAGCGACAAGUCCGUCACGUCCCUGCCCGCCCUCAUAGCCGCAUCGCCGAUGCCCCUCGCAGCCCCGUCCGCGGGCCUGGGCCUGUCGUCGACCCGCGCGAGCGCGUUUCUUCGACUGGACUCGGAGGACGACCUGAGCGACCUGUCGAGCGACGACGAGCAGGAGGAAGAGGUGGAGGAGGUGCGGGAGCUCGAGCCCCGGGCGGAGGGAGAGGUGAAAGCGGCGGGCCUGCCGCUGUCCCGUAGCCUGCCGAGCAGCCUUUGCCUGACGUUGCCUCGGAGCAUGAGCAUGAAUCUUUCCAGCAGCAUCUCUAUGGGGCUGAGCAGCGCCAGCAGCGCAAGCAGCAGCGCGUGGAGCAACGUCGCGCAGUGGUCGCAGAGCGUGAUGAAGUCGCCCGUGUCGCUGUCGCUCGGAGAAUCGCCUGCCGUGCUCGUCAGGAGCCUCUCGCAGCUCUUCGCUUCGGCGUCACGGUCCAUGGCUGCUCUGCCCACGGUCCAUAGCGAGUCAUGCAUCGACGAUAUGAGCAACCCCGCGGAGCUGCGAGACCGCGCCAUGGAUGGUCUGGACGCCGCGGACUCGCGCGCGGUGGAGGCGGAGCUGCGGGAGGCGACCGCGCUGGUGGGCACGCGCGACCUGGCGGCGCUGAUGCUGCGGCUGGACUGGUCGUAUGACGACGAGCAGGGCCCGUGGGAGAUGAUCAUUGACAAGCACAGCAGCGACGUCGAGUACAUGACGUGGCGCCGCGACCCGCAGGACGGCGGUGUGACUGAGUACCGGUCGCGCAUCCGCUUCAUAGGCGCGACUGCACGCGACACCUGCGCCUUCUACACAGACUGCGCGUACAUGCCGCGCUGGGACCCCAUGCUGCGCUCCAUGGCGCCGCUCCUCGCCUGCCCUGCGACCGGCGUGCAGAGUGCACGCUUCGAGCGCAAGUACCCCUUCUGCGCGCCCCGCGAGUAUGUGCUCGCAUGGCGAGUGUGGCAGCAGGGGGAGAGCGUGGACGCGGCAGGGAUGCAGGGUGGCAUGGGCGAGACGUUCUUCUGUAUCACCAAGGCAGUGGAGGAUGUGAAUGUGCCCCGGAAGAACAAGCCACGGCGCGUGGACGUGUACCGAUCCGAGUGGCGCAUGAAAGAUGUGGUGCUGCCGGACGGCAGGAUAGCAGCAGAGAUGGACAUGGUGGUGCAGGAGGACAGCGGCAUGCAGAGAGACAUGGCCAAACUGGCAUACCGCCGUGGAGCAUGGGGCUACAUCCGCAGCACUGACUCACACCUGCGCUCUUACAUCAAGGAGCACAGCCCCUCGCAUGGAAAGGCGCCAGCUCGCUGUGCCAUGCUGGAGCAAGCAGCAAGUGGGUCACCGCCUCGCGUGAUGCCUCCGCUGUCUGUGGUUAAGCAGGUGCCAUCUCACCUGAUCCCCGAGGGUACACCAGAUGCUGCCUUCCACGCUCAUUGCCGUCACACAGCCACUGCUGCUCCUAGCUUCGCCAUGGCAGCAGCAGUAGCAGAGGCCCAGAAAUUGCAUACGGCUGGCAUUGCAGCUCUGCCUGGAGGUGAACAUAAGCCAGCAGCUGGAAGCUCUGCAAUAGAGGGUGUGACUGGUCAGUCGCAGUCCUCACAAGAGGAGCAGCAGCAGCAGCAGAAGCAGGGGAGGCGGUUCAGGUCACUGGCAGCACUCCGGCAUUUACUCAUGCCAGCAGCUACAGUAGCUGCUGUUGGGCUAGGCGGUGGAGGAUUGCUGUGUCUGAAUGGUGGAGCUGUGGGGACCGCCUCUAAGGUGCUGCUUGUUCUCACUGUCCACUCCUUGGUCCUGCGACCUCGUGCUUCUUCAGCCAUCGAGUUGACUUCUCGUCAGCAGCUGUAG